AUGCACUUCAGUAGAGAAGAAAACCCCGUCGAGAGUCCCUACACAUCAUGGAAAGAUACUACCACUUCUUCUCAGAUCGCGAUGACGAGCGCAGAAACGCGUCUGGUGCGCAAGCUGGACUGCUUCAUCCUGGUGUACUGCUGCGCUGCGUACUUUUUCAAUUACCUUGACCGUAGUGCAUUUGCUAAUGCCUAUGUCUCUGGAUUGAAGGAGUCGCUGGGUCUCAAGGGCAAUGAGUACAGCAUCCUGCUAUCCAUGUUCACGGCGGGUAGCUGUGUCGGGCAAAUACCACAUGCACUUAUCAUCCAGAAGUUGUCUCCGCGCUUUUGGCUGCCCUUCACAUUGAUUGUGUGGUCUGGCUUGACCAUGUGCUCAGCCGCGUGUAAGACGUACGAGCAGCUUGCUGUGGUUCGUUUCUUUCAGGGCUUCUUCGAAGCAAGCUUGUAUAGCGGUACGAUUUACAUCCUUGGGUCUUGGUACAAGCCAUCGGAGAUUGCAAAGCGAACUGCAAUUUUUACCGCAAUUGGUCAAAUUGGGAGCAUGUUUGCUGGAGUGAUGAUGACGGCGAUGAAUCAGAGUCUGCACAAUCAAACCUCACUAAAGGGAUGGCAAUGGGUCUUUAUUAUCAAUGGUGCUAUGGGAAUCCCAUUUGGCAUUUUUGGGCUGGCCUUCUUUCCCAACCUGCCUGAGUCGACCACCGCGCCCUACCUCAGCAAGGAAGAGAUUCAACUCGCCCUCGACCGACUACCACCCAAAAAGGACUGGGGCCACGACAUCAGCAUCAAGUCACUUGUCAAGCGGCUUUUUGCCAACCCUGACUUCUACGUUCUUACCGCGUACUCCAUGAUCGGCUGCGCCCUCGAAGCAAUCGUUCUGCAAGGCCUCUUUCUUCUCUGGAUGAGGGACCAUAUCGAACAGUUUCCACCCCACGCAACGACAACAUACCCACUUGGAAUUCAAGCUGUCUCUAUCGUGUCAAACAUAGGCGCUGGGUACGUCAUUGACAUUACGAACCAGCGUAUACCAAUGGUUGCACUCGCUGGAAUACUACAACUUAUCGUGGCCAUCAUGCUCCUGGUACCUACCUUGCCAACUGCCGGGGUGUUCUUCGCCUUCUACCUGUCGGGUACUUCGUAUAUCGUGAAUCCCAUUAUAUACGGCUGGGCGAGCGUCAUCUGUCAGCGUGGCGGUGAUGAUGCUUCUAGAUCAGUCAUUCUUUACGUUAUGAGUAUGGUACAAUCCAUACUUUACACCUUCUGGGGCAUCGCAUUCUACCCGGCGACUGAUGCACCGUACUGGAAGAAAGGAUAUAUAACGAUGAUUGUCGUUGUGUUUGCAUUUUUUGGUGCAACCGCUGCUGUGCAGUGGCUGGACAGAAGAUCGCGAAAAUUGAGCGACGUCUCUGAUGAUGACGACCUGAUAGCCCCAGAGGCGACGUCGAGUUGUCGUAGUAAGAGUGAUUGA